AUGAGUGGAGCAAGCGCAGUUCAUCAAUAAUUAUAAAAAACCUUGGAUGUCGUUUAAAGAGGAUUUGAAGAAGUAGUCUAGAAUAUUCCUAAACAAUUUCAUGAACAAUGUAUGAGUUAAAAUGCCAAAAAUGUUGAGAAAUAUGCAUAAUGUAAUUCAAUUGAUAAAUUCAAAAGGUAUGCACCAGAGAAGCAAAAAUGUUGAUAAGUAAAUGAAAGCCUUUGAUUUUAAAAUGCUCUUUAUGGGAAUUCAAUUUGAAUAAUGUAUCAAAACAUCUUCAUAAGACUAAUGUAUUUAGAAUGCAAAAUCUACUGUUGAAGGAUUUAUUAGUGAUUUUUAGAAGAAUGUUAAAUGA